AUUGCUUUGUUGUUGUGCAAUCUUUUUUCUGAAGCUCCGAAGGGGUUCACAAUCACACAAUCAAUCGUCGGAGCUACUACUACAGUCAGUACCAAUAGCUCUUCUUCUUGGGUGAAAUAGCUAGUUGUUUUGCUAGCUAGUAGUGCUCCGUGGGAUACCUGAUGCAUCCAUCAUCACCAUGGGGUUUUCCUUGACUUGUCGUCGUCCAACUAAGGACGAUGACUCUACCGCUGCAAGACCGUCCUCUCUGCUUCUUCUACUUCUACUGCUUCUACUUGUAUCAUCGUUUCCAGUGGUUGUGGACGCCGACAAGGAUUCCAACAUGUAUCCAUGGGGCUUCAAUCCCAACACACAUUUCAAGUCGUACUGGAAAGACGCGGCCAAUAUCCUGGAAGAUUUGGAUCAGUUCCAAGCCCUUUACAUUACCGUCCACGGCUGUGUGUGGUCCGAAUGUGGCGUCGACGACUUUGACGACGACGGCGAGAAUCACGAUGGAGACGAACAAUGGUACGAGACGCGCACGCGCACAUUCUGUGCCAAUGCCGCCUACAGUCUCUAUGGCAUUCGCAAAAACAAUUUCAAAUUGGUCAAUACAUGCAGCAAGGGAACCUACAUUAAUACAUUCUUUACGUAUGAAGGAGCCGAUACGUUGGCGCGGGCACUGGAAUUGAGUAUCAAUGAAAACAAGGACGACAGUCGAUACUCGACCAAAGAUGAUGAUUCUUAUGGGACGAGUAAUUCAGACUGUGUUGCUGUCGAUGGGAAUGGACGAAGACAACGUCAUUUGGAAGACAAUAGCAAUGAAGACGACCAACAAAAUCAACAGCAAUAUGAUUACGAGACGGAUGAUGGUGGAGAUCCCUAUUCGGGAGUUGUCUCCACCACCAUGGGAUGUGCCGCCAGUGCUACCAGCAAGUACAACAAGUUUGUAUUGGCCGGGUUUGACGAUCAGUAUUGCAGUGGACAACACUACCUCAAGACGGUCGAUAACCUCAAGACGUACAAUCGAGCGUUGCACAAGGUAUCCUGUACCCGCAUUUGGGAACUCCGGAAUCAAAACAACAAUAACAACAAUGAUGAUGCUUAUAACAAUCAGAACAAUAACAAUGGAGACAAUCGCCGCCACCUGGACAACAACAACAAUAACAAUCAGUACAAGCGCGUCUACAACUCGAUCGCGGAACAAUUGCUCUACCACAGUUGGGCAUGCGAUCUCAGUCUCUAUCCCAACCAAUGUCCCGAUCCAUACGGACUCAAGCGCAAGUACUACAAUGUCAUGAAGUCGGCCGCCAAUGGACAACCCAUUGGAUUCGCCGUGUGGAAUGCAAGACUCCGUAUACCCAUCAAGUUCUUGACAUGGCUGCUCUUCCUCACGGGCAUGUACUUGGCAUGCUUUGCCUAUUACAUUCGAAACAAGGACUUUAUUGCCGAAAAGGGCGGUGGCGUUCGGGGGUGGGGUCACUUGCUCCGACGCGAUGUAGUCGCCGGAUCGGCGGCCGUUUCCGCGUCGGUUGCCAAGGUACGCGAGAGUUCCCGGAGUAACAAAUCCUCCAAAUCGUCGCGCUCCAAGUCGGGAUCCUCGUCCUCCUCCAAGAAUGCCAACAAGGGAUGGUUUGCCGCCAUCUUUGGCGGCAAGAGGAAAAAGAAGAAGAAGAAAAAGAAGGGACAAAAAGAUGCAAGCGGUGGUGGCAGCAGCAGCAAGCGAUCCUUGCAACGAACUCCCUCGGGGCGAAUCCUGGAGAAUGAUGAAGUCUCGGCUUACACGGAAAUGACGGACGAUUACCAGAACAGUCAACGAUCGGGACGCUCCAGUCGCUACACUUCGGCCAACUUUUCUUCCUCUCGGACAUCCAAGGCCGCCGAAGCGGCAUUUGCCGCGGCGGCACAGUUUGAUCUGGAACAGCAGCAACAGCAAAAUCAACCAACCUACAUGGUUCAUCCCGAUAUUUUACCACGUCAAAACAGCAUGUCACGUCAAAACAGCAUGGGUGGUCAAAGCGAACGCAGUGGCAGAAGUCGACGCAGCAGUCGGAGCAAUCGCAGUCGAUCCAGCAAUCGCAGUCGCAGUCGACAACGAGCGGCGUCCAUGACGCCCGUGCGACGAACGGUGGUGGAUGCCAGUCCGACAAGAUCACCGGGUGGAACCAGUGUGCGAAGCAGUCGACGUUCUCGCAGUCAAUCGUCCGAACGACGCGUCUUUGUGUAAAAAAAGUCGUACAACUAAAUAACUAAUGAAUGCGUGUUGUGGUGGAAUGAAACAGGGGAAAUCCUUAAAACGACAUUAUACAUGUAGGCAGUCAGUCAACACAGAUUCAUGAAGGAGUUGUCGGUUAGCUAUGUAUUGAUAGAUUUCCAUUAUUGA